AUGGCUUUAGAUCCAACUACAUACGACCGGUUGUACAUAAACGGCGAAUAUAUACGGUCCAAAUCCGACAAGACGCUAUCGCUACGCAGCCCUAAGAAUGGCAGCCUCAUUUCUGAUGUCGUGCCCUUGGCUGGCUCGGGCGAUGUCGACGCCGCCGUGCACCACGCUGAAGCUGCCUUUGCUGGUCCCUGGAGCCGGGUCUCGGCAGCCGAGCGGAGCGUCUGUCUGCUGCGGCUGGCCGGUCUGCUCAAGACUCGUCUACCGGACAUCCUAGCUCUCGACCGGCUUACGACCAACAAGACCGGCACAAUCCGAAGCAGUCUACUGCAGCUGGCCGGCUGGUUGAAGAAUCAGCCCAUAAGCAGAAUGUGGGCGUCGCUACUCUUCACGGAUGACAAGGAGAAGGUCUGGAGCUGUCUGCAACACUAUGCCGGCUUAACCGACAAGCAGAAAGACAGCUUCUCCCUUGCCGAUGAUGGCCACGUCAAGCUCGUGCGACACGAUCCGCUAGGUGUCUGCGUCGCCCUCAACGACCACAGUUCGCCCAUCGUCUCCUUUAUGGAAAUGGCCGUCCCCUGCCUGGUCACGGGGAACGUGCUGAUCGUGAAGCCGCCAGAGAAGUCGCCGCUGGGGUCCUUGGCUAUUGCACCGCUCUUUGAGCAGGCCGGGUUCCCUCGCGGCGUCGUCCAGGUCCUUACCGGUGAUGACUUCACCAGGGACCUGCUCUCAAGCCAUACGCGCAAUGUUUUGGCAAAGUAUCGCAUCUUUCGAUACUUUUAUUCCUCAUCGUCUCCUUCAGUUUCGCCAAGUGGGACAUGCCCGGCCAUCAUUUGUCGCGAUGCCGACAUGGAGAACGCACUGGCCUGGACUGUCGACAGUAUUUUUGCCGGACAGGGCCAGGUUGUCACCAGAACUGCCCUCUACAUUCAUAGGGCCAUCGCAGCCGACUUUCUCGAGGCCUACACGCAGCGCAUAAAUGCCGCUACUGACCGCCUCAAAAUACAACCAGCCGAUUUUGCUGAAUCACAGCCACACAUCCAGAUCGUCACCUUUGAGAGCGAAGACGGGGUCAUGCAGCGAGUGAAUGACUCUGAUCACGGCAUCAUAGCCAGCGUCUUUACCAGAGAUGCAGCCCGGGGCAUACAGUUCUCGUCCCGCAUCGACGCCCGUGUGGUAGGCAUCAACUGUAUUAGAACGUUAGCAAGAAGCCCUCAACUAUCAUUGUUUAUGAUUACAGGGAACAGGUAA